GUGUGUGCACGCUUGCCGGUGGAGGGCGAGGUGUGUGUCUCUUAAUGAUGUGGGUGCCCCUCGCUGCCUUGUAUGUGUGCCUUGGCUGUCUGGCUUGGACAGAGUGUGUUUUGGGGGGGCGUGUGUACACCCAUCUGCCCUGGGUUGUGUGAGUAUGUGCGUUUGGUAUGACCCGCCCUUAUUCCCCUAGGAGUGUUAGGGAACAGCAAGAGGUAGAAAUUAGGGGCUGCCUCCAUCCUACGGCAGAUUCUAAUCUUGCCCUGUGGCAUGCAAAUUCCCUUGUUCACUUAUAGACUCAGUUACCCCAUCUGUCCAAUGGAGCUCAUCCCAGGCCCUACCAGGCUCUGAGCCCUGGAUAGGGCAAAAGCAGCCUGGGGUGCUGAUGUGGCCAUGGGAGAGCCACUCCAGGGAGUCUCAGGCUUUGCAGGGCACAAAGCAUCUACACAGACAGGGAUCAUCUUGCUUUACUCUCUGAAUAGCCAGUGCAGUAAGGAGUGUCAUCCUAACCUCAUCCCUGCAGAAGUUCCUGAGACUCCCAAGGGUAGCACUUCAGCAUCUUCAGCUAUGCGAGCCACCUCUCUGGCUGUUCCUGAGGGUGCCCCCUCCAGGAAGAAGCGGUUGGAGUUGGAUGAUGACCUAAACACUGAGUGUCCCACCCAGAAACAUGCUCGACGUGGGCCUCAGCCCAGGCUGCCCUCCUGCCAACUGCCCCUGAGCCCACCCCCUGCUCCAGUUCACAACCCUGCUGUGACCGCUGCCUCCAGGCUUGGACCCUAUGUUCUCCUGGAGCCUGAGGAGGGCAGCCGGACCUACCGCACCCUGCACUGCCCCACAGGCACGGAGUACAUCUGCAAGGUGUACCCGGCCUGCAAGGCCCUGGCGGUGCUGGAGCCCUACUUGCGGCUGCCCCACCACUGCCAUGUGGCCCGGCCAGUGGAGGUCCUGACAGGCACGCGGCACCUCUACACCUUCUUCCCGCGGCCGCAUGGGGACAUGCACAGCCUGGUGCGCCGCCGGCAGCGCCUCCUGGAGCCCGAGGCCGCCGCGCUCUUCCGCCAGAUGGCUGCCAUCCUGGCGCACUGCCACCAGCACGGGUUGGUCCUGCGCGACCUCAAGCUGCAGCGCUUCGUCUUUACUGACCCGGAGAGGACAAAGCUGGUGCUGGAGAACCUGGAGGAUGCCCGUGUGCUGACCGGGCCUGACGACUCCUUGUGGGACAAGCACGCGUGCCCAGCCUAUGUGGGCCCCGAGAUCCUCAGUUCCCGGCCAUCCUACUCCGGCAAGGCAGCAGACGUCUGGAGCCUGGGCGUGGCACUCUUCACCAUGCUGGCUGGCCACUACCCCUUCCAGGACUCAGAGCCUGCCCUGCUCUUUGGCAAGAUCCUCCGUGGGGCCUUCGCCCUGCCCGAGGGCCUCUCAGCCCCAGCCCGCUGCCUGGUCCGCUGCCUCCUCCGAAGGGAGCCAGCUGAGCGGCUCACGGCCUCAGGCAUCCUGCUGCACCCUUGGCUGCGGGAGAAUGUGAUCCCUACACCCCCCUCGCGAUCCAGCCUCUGCGAGGCUGACCAGGUGGUCCCAGAAGGGCUGGGGCUGGAGGAGGCGGAGGAGGAGGGAGAGAGAGAUACGUGUCUCUACGGCUAACGCCACCCUACUGGACUCUCAGCCUCAGACUGCCAAGUUGAAGCUAGGGUAUCUCUAAGCUCUCUCCUGCCUCUUUGAACCUUAAGUGCCUUCUGGGAGGGAGAGAGGAGGAGGUGUGUGUGGAGUGUGCUGGAUGCACACACCUGUGCACAUGAGCUCAUGCCUCACCGAGUCCUCGGGAGCUCGCUGUGCCAAGCCC